ACAACAAGGAAGUGACUUCCAGCAAGUCACCCGACUGCUGUCAAGAUGGCACCAAGUGGGCUAAAAACAAUAGUAGGAGAGAAAAUCCUCAACGGUGUAAUCAAGAGUGUAAAGAAAGAUGGCGAGUGGAAGGUUCUUAUUGUGGACCACAUGAGCAUGCGCAUUCUGUCCUCCUGUUGCAAGAUGUCUGACAUUUUGGCAGAGGGUGUCACCAUUGUGGAAGACCUCAAUAAAAGCAGGGAGCCCAUCGCUUGCCUGGAGGCCAUAUAUUUGAUCUCACCUGUGGAAAAGUCUGUUCGUGCACUCAUCAAAGACUUCAAGAACACCGCCUUUACUUACAAAGCAGCCCACAUCUUUUUCACAGACACUUGUCCUGAUAAUCUUUUCAACGAAAUUGCGAGAUCCAGAGUGUCCAAGGCCGCCAAGACUUUAAAAGAGAUCAACGUUGCAUUCCUACCUUAUGAGUCCCAGGUUUUCUCUCUGGAUGACCCGACCUCCUUCCACACCUUGUACAGCCAAAAGUCCACCAAAGACAAACGAGACAAAAUGAUGGAGACUCUCGCCGAGCAAAUCGCAACCUUAUGCGACACGCUCAAAGAGUACCCGGCAAUCCGAUACCGCAACGGGCCAGAGAGGAACGCCAAGCUGGCCGAAGAGGUCUACCAGCGCCUGAACGCCCACAAAGCUGACAAUCCAAGCAUGGGGGAGGGGCCAAGCAAGGCGCGAUCCCAACUACUGAUCGUCGAUCGUGGAUUUGAUCCUGUCUCUCCUCUCCUACACGAGCUGACCUUCCAGGCCAUGGCCUACGAUUUGCUGGAUAUCCAAAAAGACAUCUACACUUAUCAGACAACCGGCGUUGGGAAUUCCAAAGAGAGAGAUGUGUUGCUGGAUGAAGAUGACGAGCUCUGGGUUCAGCUCAGACAUCUCCACAUUGCAGACGUGUCCAAGAAAGUGACGGAGCUGCUUCACACUUUUUGUGCAAGCAAGAGGAUGUCCACUGAGAACGCCAACCUCAAAGAUCUUUCUCAGAUGUUAAAGAAGAUGCCGCAGUAUCAAAAGGAACUGAGCAUGUACUCCACUCACUUGAACCUGGCUGAUUCCUGCAUGAAGAAGUUCCAGGCCUCUACUGAUAAGUUGUGUCAAGUAGAACAGGACCUGGCCAUGGGCGCUAACGCGGAGGGGGAACCCCUAAAGGACGCCAUGAAGAGCAUCGUGCCAGUGCUGCUCGACCAUGGAAUCCAGGCCUACGACAAGAUCCGCAUCAUCCUGCUCUACAUAUUCCACAAGAAAAAAGGCAUCGGGGAGGAGAACCUUGACAAACUCAUACAGCAUGCUAACGUGACGGCCGACAGAAACAUCAUCACCAACCUUCAGAAUCUGGGCUGUAACAUCAUUGCGGGGGGCAGCAAUGCUGGUGCGACACUGCCAGAGCGUAAACAGCGCACGGAGAGCACUUACCAGCUCUCGAGAUGGACACCCGUCCUCAAAGACAUCAUGGAGAAUGCCAUAGACGACAAACUGGACAAGCGUCUGUGGCCGUACAUAUCUGAACCCGCCCCCAUCAGCACCACUCACAUUCCAGUCAGUGCUCGUGUUGGACAGUGGCACAAUAACAAACCUCCUGCAGAAUAUCACACUGGGCCAAGGCUCAUUAUUUUCGUCAUUGGCGGGGUGACCCACUCAGAGAUGCGCUCAGCCUAUGAAGUCACUCGCGCUAGUGCCGGUAAAUGGGAAGUAGUGAUUGGCUCAUCACACAUCCUGACUCCAACAAGCUUCCUGGGUGAUCUCAAGAGUCUGGACCAGGUUCCGAAUCCAGUUUGUGAAGAUAAUGUAGACCCUAAUAGAGGAUGAGCGCAAUGAAGAAAAAGAGCUUCUCCUGUAGGUUUUAUGUCACAGCACAAUAUUAGAAGUGGAACAUGAAGAUACAUUUUUUUGUAUAUUUGCUCUGAAAUUAGUUCUGUACACAUCUGUGAUUUAAAUUGAAUGCAGGUAUUCACAUUUUAAUUACUGUACUAGCCUCAUUGCUGCAAAAUAGGAGCACGUCAUUCUUAUGAGUCUUGCAAGGUACCUUAAAGUAAUGCCCCGCCCCCAGAACUGCUGUCUUUAAGAACCUUGCAGAUUGAUUUAAUUAUUAUAUAGCUGGAAUGUGGUGGCUGUCUUUUUCUUGGUGGUGUUUGUGCGUAAAAUAAGU